UGGACGUGUUUUAUUGUUCUAAGAUAACCGAAGUGGCUCCGUACUCGGGCUUGUUGCGCGCGCGAUAUUUUUGCACGUUUUUCCCGAAUCACAAGAUCCCGAGGCGUCGAUGUGAAUUUUCUUUAGGGCUGACUUUUGUACAUAACAUUUUGUACAUACGGUAUUCAAGUGAUGAGUUCGAGUAAUACACAGAGGGCGGGGAAAAGCAGCCGGGAUCGAGGGAACAAGUCACCGUCGGCGGCGACGACACAGUCCCCCAAGGCGGUCACUGCCACAGAUGGGCAUGCCAAGCCGCCCGACGGCUUCAUUCCCAAAGUCCAGCCAACUCCCGAACAGAUCAGGCUGGCACAGAUUAUCAAUGACCCAACGAAGCAGGAUGAUCCGGACAUCAAGAACAAAGUCCAACAGGUGAUGGAGGUGACAGGCCAGUCCAGUGAUGCAGUCGUGAUAGCACUGCAUGACUGCGACAAUGACCCCACGCGAGCCAUCACCAUGCUCAUUGAGGGCAACAAGCAGGAGGGCGAGUGGGAGACUCGGGGCAAAAAGAAAAAGCCUGCGAAGGAGGGCAGCCAGCAGCAGCAGCAGCAACAACAGCAGCAGAAAGGGGACCAAGGUGGCCCCGCGAGCAGCAACAAGGAAAACCGUGGGGGGCCUCGCGGGGAGGGCGGCCCCCCACGCAACAUGCCCCGGGGGUCUGGGGGAGGAGGCCGAGGAGGAGGUCGUGGAGGCAGCUGGAAGAACAAGGAAAUCGAGAAGAAUGAGAGAAACCUUGAAGACGGGCGCACUGGCGAGAGAACUGGCGAGAGGACUGGUGACAUGCGACCACGAGGAGGCAGCAGACGUGGUGGCAGAGGCGGCAGAGGAGGUGGCAUUGGUGGGGGGCGUGGUAGCCGCACGUUCCAGAACCGAGGGCUGGGCGGCCAUGAUGGCUUCCCCCAGUCCAUGGACACAUGGACCAACAGCACAUCUACCGGAGGACAGCGACCAUCUAGGGGAAGCCAGCAGCAACAGCAGCAGCAGGACACCAUGGCAGUCGGUAACUGGAAUGACCUGGCAGUCAGUGAAGACUGGAGUGAGGAGGACUGGACCGGACAGUUGGAAACUAAAGUGUUCACGGCUAGUGGAGCUGCUGCGAUACCUCCGCCAGCACCCGACACGGCGAGCAUCAUACAACUGUUGAAGGAGUCUCCACACGAGUCCAUCAGUGUAGCCCAGUACAACCAGCAAGCCACAGAAUCCAUCAAGGCUGCUGUUGGGGUUGGCUCAGCAGCCAAUUCGGUGAGCAACAGCAGCUACCCCGUGGCACAGGUGGUGUCCUCCACAGACUCUCCUUCCGUCACAACCUCCAAGCCAGUUCCUGCACCCCAGCGGACAAAGACACCGAGAGUGCGGGUGCCGCCGCCAUCGAAGAUACCGGAGUCAGCUGUGGAAAUGCCAGAAGACAGUGCUGUGUCAUCACUAGAAGUGCAGUUCGGUGGCCUCGAGUUUGGCACGGAUACGUUUGACUUUGGGGCCAAUGAUGGCUUGGCAGCAGUUUCCACUGCACAACCCACGAUGCCACCUGGGCUGGUUCAAACAGAGCAGUCAUCAGUUGCUGCAUCUGUUCCAUCAUCCACACCUUACAUGGACGGGCAUCACUCUGUCAGUAAGGUUCCAUCGUCGACAGUCAUCUCCAGCAGUCCCGUGGGCCCGCUGGGUCCUUCCCCGGUUGCCAGCAAGGACGUCUCUUCUGCGACAGCCGGCACAAUGCCACAAGCACAGCCACAACAACCGUCACAGCCACAAUCUCAACAACAGUCACUACCGUCACAGCCGUCGGCAGCAGCACCACCCAGUGCCUCCCUGCCGCGACCUCCUGGCAUACCGGCGCCCAAGGAACCUCCUCAGGGACUGGGAAACAGCGUGCCCCCGACAGCGAAUGCAUUGGGUGCGGCUCCUGCGUCCUCUGCGACCUCGGUCGCAGCAUCUGCAACCUCCUCGGCCAGUCACAAGCCUGGCUCUGUGAUGACCCCUGAGCAUCUGCUGCUCCAGUCUCAAUCUCACUCUGAGCGCAGCAAACCUGUGUCGUCCUCAUCUGUGGCUGGUCCACAGUCCAAGAUGUACACCGGUGGAGCUGCCACACAGAGGAACAGCCAAGGGCUAGAAGGUGGGCUGUCUUCGGCGGGCAAAGUGGAGCAGCCAAUGUAUUCGUCGGCAGGGGCUGGAGGCCAGCACUACGGUGGUGGGGCCUACCCGGGGGGUGGGGGCAAGGGCCUUGUGGGCUCCUACUUGGCCCACUCUCAGGGCUUCCCAUCGGCCACUACUGGGCAGCAGCACUACUACACUGCUCAACAGCCCACGAGUUCCACGACUGCAGCCUUCGGCCAGCAGCAGAGCAAUGGUUACCAGGGUCCUUACCAGAGCAAUGCCUAUUCUGGGCCGAGCCAGCCACAGCAGGCAAACUACGGGGUCUCUUCCAAGCUCUCGGCGUCCGCAGGGUUGGGUCCUCACUCGGUGAAGGAUUCAGUGCUUGAUUCUACGUCUCAGCAAGGAACUGCCAGCCAGCACACCUACGAGAACGCUCAUGUUCCCGCCACCGCAGCGGGGAUGCCACCUGGGCCAGCGUCGACGCUAGCAACUACAGCCUCCUCGUUAGCCGGUGCCACGGCAACAACAUCUGUGCUCAAGAACUCCAUGUCAGCAACGGGGAAGACCAUGCCCACAAUGCCGCCUGGAGUGCCUGCCAUGCUUAGCCACCAGUUGUUUGUGGGAAAUGCUGCCAUGCCAUACUAUGGCUUGCAGCAACAGCAUUUGUAUAGCUACGAAGACAUGCAGAUGCUACAGACUAGAAUGCCACCCCUGGGCUACUAUGACAUGCAGUACCCUGUGCCUGCCACAAGCCUCGCCGGACGAGACCUCACGUUGAACAAUAUGGCUUUUGCAGAGGGUAGCAAGUUUGGCCGUGGUGAGAACAGCGACAGCAGCCCAGGCACAGUAGCUGGGGUGGGACCACAGGGGGCUGCGGCCGGUGCUGCGGCUGCUGCCCAGGGUGGGGCCCAGGGUGGACAGCAGGGGGCACCCCCCACGGCAGGACAGCAGGCAGCAGCCAGCCAGCCGUUUUUGAGCACACUGCCCCCUGGGUAUGGCUACUACUACCCAUCCAACAUCAUGCCUGGAUCCAUCCACCACUACGGACCGCCGCCCAUGUUCCCUGUGCCUCCAGCGACCAACGCCCACGGCCCCACCACAAGCGCGCAGUUUCAGAAAGCCAGUGCGUAUGCAUCCCACUCGUUCACCUCCGGCGGGUAUGAUGGCCUAAGUCAGACACCAGACUAUGCCAAAAAUACCUACGGCGCAGGUUCACAGGGACAGGCUAAGGGCAUCUCAGGUUCAUUGGGUUCGGCCGAUGCAUCCAGGUCAGGGCACGCUAGAACCCACCCCCAUUUAGCAAAGUCUUUUGAGAAGCCAGGCUUUCUGGCAGGCUCGCAGUCUUCGGCAGUUGCAGCAUCCUCGGCAGUGGCGGCAGGCCACCAACAGCAGCCUGGAGGCUCGUCUUACCCGCAGUUUGCAGGACCUCGCGGGAUCACCACCUUCGUUGGCAAAGCAGCAGCAGCAACAGCCAAGUGGCCAUGUGCGCCAGGGAUACCCCUCCUACUGGAGCAACUGAAAUGUGUUGUGCUUGUGUGUCUCCUCUCUCUGCAACAGUUACUCCCUCCUCCUCCUGGCUCAAGCAGUUUCUUUUGACUCGUUCUCACCCAGACCUUAUGUAACAACUCCUCCCACUUUCUCUGUCAAAGAGGGUCGGGAGCAGAAAAGGUUGUCUGUCUAAAUGCGCUCACAAGACAGUCCUCCCCCGCCCUUUUUCUGCUGUCACCCCUCCCCAUCGGUACAUUUUUCAUACUGUUUGCAGUGCUACGCUGUCUAAAUCUAAAUCUGUCUAAAUCGUAGGUUGUCUAAAUCAUAGGUUGUCUAAAUCAUAGGUUUCCCGACGGCUGGCUGCUUGUGAGAGCGGGUGUGCAAGUCUGUGGUGUCUCGUGCCUCGGUGUGCUGUGGUGGUGCCUGCUCUAGUGACGGUCAUGUUGCCCACUGCCGUGGUUUUCCUCUCUUUUUUUUCUCUGCGUUAAAAGACCAUAUUUUUCUUUAUUUACACGUCUUGUGUUUUACGCUUGGCCACACUUUUCUUCCUGUACCUGGCUUUUCUUUUUCCCCCUCUUUUUAUGCCAUGCAGUUGCUGCAUUGUAGCCCCUACAGGCCUUUGUUUCUUUUUCUUUAGUUUUUGUCGUGGACUUGUAUGAGAGCGAAAGACUCCGCGCACGCACUGGCAACUGCAGACUCAAGAUACGUUUUUGCGAUCUGUGGAAGCAGGACCAACUAUGUUAUCAGGCCUCGCGUAGGACAAUGCAGUGAUUUUUUUAUUUUAUUUUUUUUUUCAACAUAUGCUGCUGCACUCGUGGGUUCUUUCUUUAAUCUUUCUGAUGUAAUUUUCUUUCUGUAUCUUCUUUUUUUUUUAAUGCAUUGCACUUUGGCCCAUUGGUCUUGUUUGAUGUACUUUUUUUCGUUCUUAUUUUUUUACACAGAGACUGCCUGCCGCCAGCCAGUUGUAAGGAAUCUUUUGGAAAGCUUUCUUUUGCUGUGUGUCAGUGCACCAUUAAUGCACCCUUAAUGUCGACCAUUAGCACUGAAAUUUCUCAGCGAAAUUGGAAAUUUUCAAAAAAAAAAUGUUUAGCAUUGAUGAAGUGUACAUUUUCAGUGUAUCUUAGUCAACUGAAAGUGGGGGGCGUUUAGAUAACAGGCUUGACCUGCUUUUUUUCUUUUGCCUUGGCCUUCUGGAGCCAGAAUUUUUUUCUAGCUUCCCGAACGGUUUUAUUCCCUUUGCGAAUGGUUUGUUGAAGCUUAUUUCUUUUUCCCUGUAAUCGGUACCACAUCGAAAUGGCAAUGCUCCGUCUGUUCGAAGCCCUGCAAGAACAAGAGUUCGAGCAAAGACUCUGCACAGCACGUUGAAAUAAAACAAAAGGAGGAAGCAGUACAAAGUGUACUGAAGACUUUGCAAGGUCCAAAUGGCACAUUUCUUACUGCAUUGCGCAGGACUGAGGGCUUCUUUGUUGUGGAACUGCCGGUAGAGAAUGAAACCGCGAAGGGAGCUGAAAGUCGUGCGCUUUUUUUUUUUUUUUUUCGCAAUAAUUUUUCUUAGCUGAACUUAUCCCAUUUCGCCUUAGCUGAACUUAUCCCAUUUCGCACGCUUACUUUUCCUUUCUUUCGUUUUGCUUCUCCAUGGCGUUGUGUGCAUGCACUCGAGAGUGGUUCUUUUGUACAUAUAUUUGCCAGGAAGCGAUAUUGUUGUGAGCACCUGGCGGCGUUCAUAUUGUACGCCAUAUUUUUUACGGCUUUUUCUUUCCUUUCCCCUGCAUUGGUAUGUGUGUGUUGUGUGCUUGGGUGUGCGCAUACUCCUUUCAUUGCUUUUUUUUUUUUCUAUUGUAAAAAACAUAUUUGUCAAUGCAAUUAGCAUUGUCUUGUGCUGGCAGGCAGGCCAUCUGUUUUGUUGUAAAAGUGGGGAAACGCAUCACCUCCACUUAUUUCUUUUUCAAAAGCAAGCUGCGUAUAAAACGAAAAUGCAUAGAGUGCGGUUGUUGCGUUUACAAACUAUAAUUUCGACGAUUACGUUUGUCGGGGUGUCUGUUUUAAGUGGCGCUUCGAUUGCGUUCGAUGAGAGAACGGCAGCAGCCACCUGCAGUAGUGUUUUUUUCUACUGAGCCAUUUUUCUAAUGUUGUUGUCGUCCUCCUCCUCCUGUAAUAUUUUUGUGCUCGCCCCACCACCUCCAUUUUUGUUUGUGAAGUUGACGUACAUAAAAUAUAUAUAUAUAAUGUAUAUGUAUACAUAUUCGUAGGGAAAGUGAGAAAAAAAAAACGGAGCAAACAAGGAAGUCUCUAUGUAAAGUUGUUUCACCCCCCACGCAAAAUGGAGUAAAAUGUGUGGCAAUGCUGUGUGAAAUCAGGACGAGAAGAAAAAGAAAAUAAAUGUUUGUAAAUAUAUGAAUAUACAUUUUUGUUUGUUUUCUUUUUGACUGUGUUUAUCAGCCUCCUUGCAGUGCAGAAUGCUCAUGGUCUGAUACAAGCAUGCAAAUGGGAAGAGUUGGUAGUUUCUGUUUGUGUGGUGAGAAGGUGUGAUAUAUAAAUAUAUAUAGUUUGUGACGAGAGGCCCCAGAAAAAAAUAAAAUACUUGUCAUUAA